AAUUCGCGUCACGAAUUCAGUUCAGUUCAACCAGUGGCACGGAACUGUCGGGACGUGUAGUUGGCGAGAAUUGUGGCAAACGUGGAAAUACCGGCCUUAGCGACGUUGUACCUGUCCUGUAGGCCAGAAAUGACACUUGCACAAAUAUUGAGGGAGAAGAUCCCUCGCCGAGGCAUCCUCGGAGCUAUGAUGUUUCUGGCUUGUAUGUUUUCUUACUUUAUACGGACAAACCUUUCCAUUAUCAUCGUCGCCAUGGUUAAAAAUGGAACAGACACACGUGAAGAAAAUGGGACAGACACACGUGAAGAAAAUGGGACACGCACAGAUGAUUUCGGUGAGCGAUACGAGUGGAACGAAAUCGUUCAGGGAGCUGUACUAAUGGCUUACUACUGCGGCGUAGUUCCGGCUAGUAUUCCAGCCGGUAUUUUAGCAGAAAAAUUUGGAGGUUCCAAGGUUGUUGCAUUGGCGACUCUCAUUCCUGCUCUACUGAACCUGCUUAUGCCAUGGGCGUCUAGUGUUCACUACAUGUUCGCUAUCGUCCUGCGGUUCCUGAUGGGAUUCUUCGGGAGUGCUGUGUAUCCGGCUCUACACGCAAUGAUCGCCAGGUGGGUGCCACCCAACGAGAAGGGAAUGUUCGUAUGGGCUAUGCAAGGUGGACCCUUCGGUACCGUAGUCACGUUUGUUCUCUGCAGUCAAGUGAUCGACACAUAUGGGUGGGUGGCUGCGUACUACGUGACCAGCGGACUCAUUCUUGUAUUUUUCGCCCUCUGGGUAUACCUGAUACAUGACACACCCGACCAGCAUCCGAGUAUCACAGAACGAGAAAAGGAAUAUAUUAAGAAACAAAUUGGAACGAGCGUCAGCAAGCAAAAAGUAAAACUUCCUGUUGUCGCUGUCAUCACAUCGCUUCCAUUCUUGGUGCUACUCUGGGCUCACUUUGCUAACAUGUGGGGAAUCUACUUCAUAUCCACAAACGGACCCAAGUAUACGCUCCAGGUUCUUGGGUUUAAUAUGAAAUCCGGUGGCUUUAUGACUGGACUGCCUUACAUUGCCAGACUUGGGGCCGGUGUUUUGUUUGCCGCUGCCGGAGACUACUUACUGAGAAACAAGUACCUGACGGUCGUGUGGUUGCGCAAGAUUUUCAUGGUUCCCUCUCACAUGGGCCCAGCUUUGUGUUUACUCGGUAUGACCUACGCGGGAAAGGACAAAUUCUGGGGAAUUUCUAUGAUGAUACUGGCCUUGGCCUUCAACGGCGCCGCCUGCCAGACAAGUCUCCAAAAUCACCAAGAUCUGUCACCGAACUUCGCGGGAUCCCUUUACGGUGUAAUGAACACGAUUGGCAGCUUUCCAGGUUUCAUUAUUCCUGCGGUUGUCGGUGUUCUGACUAAUGAGCGUAACAGCGUUGAAACAUGGCGUCCCAUGUUUUGGAUUUCCGCAAUUGUUUUCAUGUCCGCAACCGUCUUGUUUUGGCUCUUUGGCUCAGCGAAUAUUCAGCCGUGGAACGACAUAAGCAACGGAGGAGUUGAAGGAGCUAUUUCUACCAUCCCCGACGAAGAGAUGAAAAUGACAAUGGACAACAAAAAGGCUCAGGUCAUGUCCGAUGAUGAAGAGGAAGAGAAUGCCCGUAUUUAGUCUUACAUUACGACGUAAAAAGAAUAAAAGUGGUCCCACUAAUCACCUCGACUUUCAAUGAGGAUUUUUCCAAUUGUUGGUGAGUUCAGCAUUCGCUUACUUGCAAGCGAAUGCAUAUGCUGAUGUCCUCAUCCAGAGUAGUACGCAAGCAUCCGCCGGACACUUGUGUUGCUUUGCGUGGAUAUUUUUUGUUUAUAUUAUACUGCGGGUGGGCUACCUAUUCUUCUUAGAUCCUUAUAUUUAUUUACGUGCAUAUACAUACAUGUACACGGUGAAUUCGUAACGAUGGGAAAUUAUAGGAUGUAUCAUACACGCGUGAAUUUUGUAUUCUCGUUCAUUUCUUGGUACGGUUUUAAAGUAUUAUGAGAACCAUUGCAUUAACCGCACGUCGUAUGAUAUAUCGCGAUAUAUCUAACCAGCUCGAAUGUGCAGGGGAUGCAGUUCUUCUUUCGAUAAUGUAGAAAUGUACUGAAGAACAAUUGAAGAUAUAAAAUUUGCACACGCGCAAUACAUUCUAACAUUUCUCGCCGUUGAAGCCUCAAUAGGCCACACUUGGUCAAUUCGGUUUCGGCUGACGGUAAAUGUUCUUAAAUUACGAGAAACCAUGCAUUAUUUUUAAUUCUCGAUAGUAAAACAACAAUGGUUUUUUUUUCUGAAUGCGCUUGUUAACGAGCUGCCGUUCAGGAUUCUAUUUUUUUUUAUGUCCAAAUUUAUUUCUGAUACGGCAUCACCUUGUCUGACCAAUUGAUUAUUCGACGUAGAUUGAUCAUGUCAUCGAUAUGUUCCAGUGUUGAGUAACUAAUAACAGCUAGAAACGCAUGUGUUUUAGAAUGUGCAAGUACGUGCUAAUACGUAGAUUUGUGUAGGUGUUACAUACAAAAUUUUCGACCAAGUUGUUAUACAAGUACACAGAUAGUUAGUCAGAUGUAUAGAUCGAUAGAUAAAUACCUGCCACAGAGAAGCGCGAGCUACAAGAAAUAAUGUUGGUCGCGUUCUUUAAAUACUUAUGUCUUUUUACCUAGUGGAAGAGAAAGAGAAUGACCAAAUGAUCUAAAAUCAAAGAAAGACGAAAUAUUACCGAUGCUUGCGAACACGGAGUCGAUUCUAAGGAGUAUCAAUUCUGCUUCGAAACGUAGCCUGAAAAUAUUACCACUUCGUCUGAUCGUGGGUCCGCAAUUCGAGACAACGUCAAGACACCAUCUGUAUAUAUAUACGAAUACACGGUAAAAGCUGUGGAAUUUUGAAAACGCCCGUAUCGUGCUCUAAAUACCUGGUUCCUAUGAUUUUCAAAACCUUCCUCGCUUGAAACUCGGCCUAUUAGAACCUCGUGCUCCUUGGCAUAGCCUUUCAUACUGAUGCGUGUAUUCGUUCAUUCUAGACGUAAAAAUUACGUUUCAUUCCAUGUCUAUUGCAAUUGUCAAUCAUUAGGUCAUCCAUUCAUUAGAGCUUCAAUUGUGAGGUAAUAUACUUAAACAACCGCUGUACGGAAAAGAGGAUCCUUUUGCGGAUAUCCUUUGCAGAAUAAAUUAGGCAUUUAUUCUUAACAAUUAGCUGCUAAGUCUUGUUUUGUUAUAUAAUUAUUAUGUAUCAUUUCAAGUAUCGAUUAUUAUAGAGCCGUUGUUGAUGCUUCAGCUGUAUGAGAACGCAAUUGAAUCUGAUUUGCGAUCAAACCAUUGUUACAAUAAUAAUGAUUUUUUAAGAACA